AUGGAAGACUCGACAUCCCUUCUUAAGAGCGGAGGGGCUCAGCCUUGCACCUCUGCUUGCAAUGAAUAUGAUGCUUUGCAUAGCCUGGAGCUCAAGUACUGGGAGCUAAGGACUACACGGAAGGCGGUGAGGUACUUAAGCAGCUUUGUCCUCUCAGCGCAGCUGGCUGCCGCUUCCUUUUGUUUCAUAUCAUCUCCUUGGCUAGAUGUACCAGAGGAUGGACAGCGCCGCAGGCUGGCUGGAUGCUUGCUGCUUACGACGUUCUCUUCUGCUUGCUUCUUGAUUUCCAUUGGAGCCUUUAUCGUGGCGUUGGUCACGAGCUGCAGAGCGCGCGUGGGCAACGCACUGCUCUUCGUAGGAUCGCACCUUCAGUCUCUCUUGUAUUCAUCUCUGGCAUGCGCAGUUGCUGCGGCGCUGCUAAAAUGCGUGGGCUUCCUGCUCUUUCUCGUGGGCACACAAAAGCUGCUCGCCGCUCUGGCUGCCGGUUCGCUGCCGCAAGGCUUUUUUCGCUUCGUGGGUAACAGUUACCUUUACUGGCUGGCCCCCUUGAUGCUCGCAGCCUUGCUGGCUGGAAUCCUGCUGCUGUGGCAUUUCCUUAGGAUACUCCUUGCCGUCUGCCGAGGAGGUUAUCACCUCUUCUGCCCGCCAAACCCCGCUUUGCACAGCCUUGAUGCCUUAGCAAACGAUGCCGUCAUGGGAAGGCCACUGUCUGUAUCUCCGCGAGACCCCCUGAGCCAAGCCUCGCCUGCCCUGCUUUCUGAGCUCGUUGCGAGUGAGCUUUCUCCUCGUAGACUCGGCGUAGCUAUGACACAGCAAAGGAGAACUCUCGCGCCUCCUGUAACAGCCUUAUCAGGAACAGCAGUAAAGGCUGAAGCACCCGGCGAAGAGCCUUCAGCCUCUCCCCGGCAGGAAUCAGCAUCUGCAAAGGGGGCGUGGCUGGUUGCCUUGUGGAUCAGAGGUCCCUUUCUCCUGGCAGCUUUGGGAUGCUUCUGUGUCGGGCUGUCGCUGCUGCUUUUUGCAUUAGCUGCGGAUUCAGGAUCACCACCUGUCAGCAGCAGAGGCCAGGGUGCGUUCGAGAGCCUUUCACACUUGUUACUGCCUUCUCAGCAGCCGCUUUUGCAGCACGCGGAGGUCGAUUCUCUCACCGCUGAAAAGCCACAGCCGCCGACAGGCGCCCCUCUGGCCCGUAAGCUCUUGCACCACCAGCAGACCGAAGGUGGUGCUGUGAUGCUUCAAGAGAGUCGGCAGCAUUGGAAGCCAAAUCAAGAGGCACAUCUGUCUGGCGUUCUCCAGGCGACAGAAGCGCCUAUUGUUGGCGCUGCUCGAAAUGUGGGCUUUCACAGCGAAACCGACGCAGCUUUAAAGGUCGGGGAUUCCUUUUUGCAGGCCCGCAGCCAGGAACCACAAUCUAGUAGAGAUCAGCAACAGCGGCAGAAAAGCGCUGCUGCGUUGCUGCUUUUGGCUUUGGGGCUGUUGAUACCCCUCUUAGGAAACAGCCUUGGCGAGUGGGUCGAAGAUAUGUUUUUCGCGCAUAUGGUGAUGAUCAAGAGGAAUCCCUGGAUGCUCGUGCCUCCUCCGGUUCUCGUCAUACACUCAAUAAAGAAAACAGGUCCUGCUGAUAGCUCGGGAGCAACUACACCGCGCGCCCAGUUCUCAGGGCCGCUUGUGCACAUGACUCAGGAGAGAAUCGCUCACCAGGGCUCGCAGAGCUUCCUUGGCAUUGGUACACAGCCAGCGAAAGAGGAAGACAAGUAG